AUGGAAAAAAAAUAUGAACAUUAUUUACACAGCGGUUAUGCACAUCCAGUAACUAGAUCAUGGCAAGGAGAUAAUACCAUUCUCAAAUCUCAAUUAAUUUAUCCAAUUUUUGUUACUGAUUUAGUUAAUACUAAAACCGAAAUUAAAUCAUUACCAGGACAAUAUCAAAUUUCAACAGAUUUAGUUGUAGAGUUUUUAAAACCAUUAGUAGAAAAAGGAUUAAAAUCAGUUAUUUUAUUUGGUGUUAUUAUUUCAGGUGUAAAAGACGAAACUGCUUCAUCAGCAUCAAACCCAGAAACUUCACCAGUUAUUAAAUCAAUUCAUUUAAUUAAAAAAGAAUUCCCAGAGGUAUUAAUUAUUACAGAUUUAUGUUUAUGCGGAUACACACAUCAUGGACAUUGUGGAUUUUUAGAUAAAGAAGAUUUAAUCGAAAACGAACCAAGUAUUGUUAGAUUAGGUGAAAUUGCAGUAUCAUUUGCAAAAGCAGGAGCUCAUGUUAUUGCUCCAUCAGAUAUGAUGGAUUGCAGAGUUGCUCAAAUUAAAAAAUCAUUAUUUGAAAACGGUUUAGGUAGUCGUGUUGCAGUUAUGGCCUAUAGUUCAAAGUUUGCAUCAUCAUUUUAUGGACCAUUUAGAGAUGCCGCAGGCAGUGGUGCUAAAAAGGGUGAUAGACAAGCCUACCAAUUACCAAUGGCAAGCAGAGGUUUAGGUUUAAGAGCCGCUUUAAGAGAUGAAAAAGAAGGUGCUGAUUUCAUUAUGGUUAAACCAGCAGGACCAUACAUGGAUAUCAUCCGUGAAGUCAAGGAUAAUGUCAAGGUCCCAGUUUGUUGCUAUCAAGUCAGUGGCGAAUAUGCAAUGAUUUAUCAUGGUGCUACUGCUGGUGGUAUUAACUUAAAGGAAGGUGUUAUGGAGUCUUUAAUCUCUCUUCAACGUUCUGGUUGCGACAUUUUUAUUACAUAUUUUACUCCUCAAUUAUUAGAUUGGUUAAAAUUAUAA